GUUGGAGUACCAAGGUUCAGUAGUAUAUGUGUUCCUAAGCAGAUUGGAAGAGUAUUAUUACCCAUUGAAUAAUCAUUACAACAAUGUGCUCGCUGUCUAAGACCUAUUCUAAUGCUAAAAAUCCUUCGAUAAGAUCUAAAAAGCACAUGGCAAACGUCAGAAAAGUAAGUUAUGCUAAAACCUUUCCCAAAGUUACAGCUCAAGUUGACGUUCCAGAAAACCUAUAUGAAGAACCCCCAGAAUUACUAGACGAGAUGAAUCACCGACACUCCUCGCCUGCUGUCUAUAAAAUGGCUGAAAUUAGCAACAAUGGUUUUCCCAGCGAUAUGAUUACUAAAACCUCUUCCUUACAACUAACACCUAAGGCAAUGGCAACUAAAGAAAAACGAAAUUCCAAAUUUCAAAUAACUCCAGGAGAUUCCAUAGUGUCGGCAACAAGCUUGAUAAUGGCAGCUUCACCUUAUUUGGAAUCAAAGUUUGUCGAUGGAAGUAGAUCAUUGGAAGAUCUCUUCAUUAGGAGUCAGGAAUAUCCAUUUGAAAAUUUAGUUUUUGAAGGAGGAGGAAGUAAAGGAAUGGCAUAUGUUGGGGCAUUGCAGGUAUUUAUGGUUUAUGAAAGCCUAAUAUUUUGAAUUUUAAGAUAUUAACUACAACUGAAGAUGGACUGUAUAAUCUUUACAUGUCUGAUUGAAAGGCUACCUCCAGCACCUCUACAGUAAUUACACUCCGUAUACAACACCAGGAAGUUCUAGUCGUUCAGAGAAACUAGUCCAGUACCACUCCGACGUAAAAGUAAAAUGAUCAUUUUCAUUUUGUUCCAUUUAUCUGUUUGUUAACAUGUAACGUGUUUAACGUGUUUAUAAACAUCCUAAAUACAAUCAGGUGGUACUUUCCCGACAGAUCCUGUUUAUUUUACACAUACAGUAUAAAACAAUACAGUUGUUUUCAAAUUGAGAAAACACCAUAUAAAAAUAGCGAAAAUGCAACGAGAACCGCCCGUCUAAUUAAUUUAUACUCUUCAUUUUUUAAAGGCCGUGCCAUGAUUAUGAUUUAUUUUAUUUCCACUGAUAUUUUUCAUAUUUACGUGCAUUAAUUUAAACACGUAAAUUUUACUUGCUGGCAAAAUGAAUAAAUUUACUUGAUCCCUAUCACCACGUGGUUCUAUCAACAGUUUCAAUAUGAACAAGCGUCGAUAUUGACUUAUAAAUGGUUUUACACGACCGAUAGAUGUUGAUAAUAUUUAAUGCUUCAAUUCAGUAAUUUUAAUUGCAAACAUCAGGGGAUGCAUGAGCAUCAUAAAUAGUUCAACAAAACAUUAAAAAUAGAAUACAACUAUUUUGCAAGAACUAAGCCAAGACCUGGGUUAGGCAUUAUCAUUUAUCUUUAUAAAUAAUACAGUGUAGGCGGACCGGGGCCGCACGGGAAUGCAGGACGCUCGUCAUGAUUAAGUCAUCAUGCAUCUUACGUCCCCUACUCUAGUCCAGUAUUUACCAAUAUUGGCCAGGGUUUAAAAAUGUCCAUUGCAGUUCAGCUGCCAAGUUAGGUUAGUAGCACAAACUCGAGCCAAAAGAGUGGGUUCGCACGUCGCUAUCCUGAGAAACAUUUUUCUUAGCAACACAAUACGGUCACAAGCAGUCAUUCUAGACAUAUUGACAUAUACAGCGUGUGUGAAAAAAAAGUCACCCAAAUUUAGCGUGCUAGUGUGCGCUCAAUAUUGAGUGCACAGAUUUAAUCUUUUCGUAUUAACAAAGAUUAGGGUUUUAGCUUUUGAAUGACACCUUUUUAUAUCAUUCCAAGCAAAAAUCACCAAUCGCCGAUUAGAAAUUGGCGGUCGAAAUCACAUUUUCCCAUCGUUUAAUUUGAGCAUAACAAAAGAAAAAGACAAUAUGAAUUAUGGGGGGAAAAUGACGGACAUCGCAAUUUUUGUAGUUGUCGGACAAUUUCAUGUGUACUGUACGUCUGGCAAAUAUUUUCCCUCCCGUACGCCUAUGUGCACACUGUGUAUAUAGCAAUAUCUAUAUACUGGUUUAUCUGCGAUUUGAGAUUGCGUUGUUGUUCAAUGUACAUAUUGAAAAAUAAUUUGGUAAUGCGCGGUCACAUUAUCCAUUGUUUUACACCUUUUGAUGAUUUGAAGGGAAACUCUGGAUCCGGAGGGAGACUUUUUCUUUGUGCACAGGUUCCUUUGGAGCUACUGUAUUUAGGCUUUGCAAGUACAAUAAUAAAUAACAAGCACUGUGUUUGGUUGUGAGCAAUGUAUAGUGUAGACAUAAAUUAGUAAUUUGAUGAAAUGAUAAACUCUCGCAGGUCCUUGAAAAUGUGGGAAUUUUAAAAAACAUCAAGCGUUUCGCAGGAGCGAGCGUUGGAGCUAUGGUAGCGUCCUUGGCAGCAAUUGGUAUUUCAGCAGGAGAAUUAGAGGAAUUUCUUGAUCAAGAUGUGCGGAAAAUCAUGGC